UUCGUCGUCUGAUUAGUGAUUAAAUCUCUAGCCUCUGCUUAAGUCAGAAGGUUAAUCAAGUAAAUAAUGGAAAAUUUAAACAAUGAUUAAAUAAUUAGUGAGAAGAGAUAAUGUUUUGGAGCUUCGAGUGGUUCUCACUUCUUACUACUUAGUUACUCAUCCUUUACCUCACCGGAGCUUCCAAGGAGAAGACGACACACACACACAACUCAUGGCGCCUUUUGGCGGGAAAUCUUUCGCAGACGCUGUUUCCGGCAUCGGAGGGAACGGAGUUGGCCGCCUUCUCGCCGCGGUGGCCGCCGCUAUGUUGGUCCGCAUCUUCUCAGGUCCCGGCAUCGCUCUCUUACCGGAAAACGACGCUGAAGACGAUUUCUCGGAUACCGAAGGAGCGGGAGAGGAAGACGGAGAUGAUUCGUCGUCGUCUCCGGGGAAAGUUCGUCCGGUGACAAUCCGGUGGAGGAACAUCACGUGCUCUCUCUCCGAUAAGUCCUCCAAAUCGGUGCGGUUCUUGUUGAAGAAUGUAUCCGGAGAAGCGAAGCCUGGGAGGUUGUUAGCGAUCAUGGGACCUUCUGGAUCUGGGAAGACGACGUUGCUGAAUGUUCUCGCUGGACAGCUUAGUUCAUCGCCGCGUUUGCAUUUGUCAGGUCUCUUGGAGGUCAAUGGAAGAUCGAGCUCAAGCAGAGCCUUUAAGCUUGCGUUUGUGAGACAGGAGGAUCUGUUCUUCUCGCAGUUGACUGUGAGGGAAACGCUUUCUUUCGCGGCUGAGCUUCAGCUUCGGGAGAUGUCUUCUGAUGAGGAGAGGGAUGAGUAUGUGAACAACCUCUUGUUUAGGCUUGGUCUGGUUAGCUGUGCGGAUUCAUGUGUUGGCGAUGCGAAAGUUCGUGGGAUCAGCGGUGGAGAGAAGAAGCGGCUGUCACUUGCUUGUGAAUUGAUCGCUAGUCCGUCUGUUAUAUUUGCUGAUGAACCCACAACCGGGCUUGACGCAUUCCAGGCUGAACAAGUGAUGGAGACAUUGCGAAAGCUUGCACAGGAUGGACACACUGUGAUCUGCUCCAUUCACCAGCCUCGGGGUUCAGUGUAUGCUAAGUUUGACGACGUUGUGUUACUUACAGAAGGAACUUUAGUCUAUGCCGGCCCUGCAGGGAAUGAACCUCUGACAUAUUUCGGAAACUUUGGGUUUCUUUGCCCAGAGCAUGUAAACCCUGCUGAGUUUUUAGCAGAUCUUAUAUCAGUUGACUAUAGCUCUUCGGAUAGUGUCUACUCUUCGCAGAAGAGAGUACAUGCUCUUGUUGAUGCGUUUUCCCAGCGUUCAUCAUCGAUUCUUUAUGCCACUCCCCUCGGCGUGAAACAAGAAACCAAGAACAGCAUGAGACCUCGCAGAAACGCCAUUGUUGAGAGAAAAGAUGGAUGGUGGAGGCAGUUCUUUUUGUUGCUUAAGCGUGCUUGGAUGCAGGCUUCUAGAGAUGGGCCAACUAACAAAGUCCGUGCAAGAAUGUCUGUGGCAUCUGCUCUGAUAUUUGGAUCCGUUUUCUGGAGAAUGGGGAAGUCGCAGACGUCAAUUCAGGACAGAAUGGGCUUGCUUCAGGUUGCUGCAAUAAACACAGCAAUGGCAGCUCUCACGAAGACGGUUGGUGUCUUUCCAAAAGAGCGUGCCAUUGUGGAUAGAGAACGGUCCAAAGGGUCCUACUCUUUGGGACCUUACCUGCUCUCCAAAACAAUAGCUGAAAUCCCCAUUGGAGCUGCAUUUCCUUUAAUGUUUGGUGCUGUACUAUAUCCCAUGGCACGCCUACAUCCCACUUUGUCAAGAUUUGGAAAGUUCUGUGGGAUAAUGACUGUAGAGUCUUUUGCUGCCUCUGCGAUGGGUCUAACUGUUGGGGCUAUGGUCCCAAACACAGAAGCUGCAAUGGCUGUAGGACCAUCUCUCAUGACAGUUUUCAUCGUAUUUGGAGGUUACUAUGUCAAUGCAGACAACACCCCAAUCAUCUUUCGUUGGAUUCCUCGUGCUUCAUUGAUCAGAUGGGCCUUCCAGGGACUCUGCAUAAACGAAUUUACCGGCCUCGAGUUUGAUCAUCAGAACACAUUUGACGUCCAAACCGGAGAGCAGGCGCUAGAACGAUUAUCGUUUAAAGGAAGCAGGAUAAGGGAGACGAUAGCAGCUCAAAUGCGGAUUCUGAUGUUCUGGUAUUGCACUACGUACCUUCUCCUGGAGAAGAACAAGCCAAAGUACCAAAAGCUUGAGCUUCUUCCUGACAACGGAGAUACCGAGACUCCAGGAGUGCAGCUGGAGCCAGCUCUGGAUGAAGCAGAUGUUGUUGAUCAAAAGGAGGAGCCUGAAGAUGAACUGAAGCAGCCACUUGACGAUCAAAGUUCAACAUCAUCGGAUGAGUUUGGCGAAAUCCGUCCCUUUGUCCUUGAAGCAGGUAGCAAGUGAAAGAGAUGAAAUGGAGUUGAGUUGUUCUUAAAGGCUUUCAGAUUUAAAUAAAAAAAGAGUGCUCCUUUCAUCUCUAUGCCUUAAACCCAAUGUAAGAACUCAUCUUAGUUUCCUGAGACUUGUUCAACUCUUUGACGUAGCCGCUUGUGUCGUCUCUUGUUUUUAUUCAGAAAUAAAAACAAAUAACAAGUUUUGACCUAAUAUCAUAAUUUAUUAAAGAUCUA